GGUGUAACCGAAGAUUAGAGCAAAUACCGCGCAGUAUCUGCACAAUUAGCAAAGAAUUGAGGGUUUAAUUAAAGCAGCAGCAUGUGUGAAGGGCCCUCAGCGAUCUCUGGUCCCAUUCCUCCAGACCCCACACUGGUUCCUGAGUAUUAUAAACGGCCGUCCUCUGCUCGUGGUCGGCUGGAGGGGAACGCUCCUCUUCUGAAGGGUCCGUUAGCACCAGAUCCUGGGUGUUACAGCGCCCGCUCCACCCCUCGACCCCGCAUCGGUGCCAACGCCGCUCACAUCCUAGAGAGAGGACAGAGAGGGGUUGUGGGAGACCUGCUGAAGCUGGAGGGAGUGGCGCUGAACCCCAGCCCAGCCAAACCUAAACCUGCCAUACGGGACUUUGGUAAAGAAAAUGUUCGCAAGCUACGUGAAAUCCAGAAGCGCUUUCGAGAGCUGGAGACGCAGAGAGAACAUGCCAAACCUGUGCCGGUUAAAGCACUCUGGAUCUCUCCAAAAUACCAGGAUGUUUCCUCCAGAGUAAUGGCCCAGUUACAGGAGACGAGCCCUCCUAAGAAAGCCGAAUGUCAGAGCUUCCUGAAGGCUCAUUCUCUGUGUGGAGCUGGAGGUCGACCACCGCUCCGCCGCUCAGAGAGCGGACCGUCACCAGCGGCAGGAGACUCGGAUUCUGAGAUGCAUGUGAGAGGACACACGGUGGACUUCGUGAAUCAUAACGCUCGUGCCGCGGCGAAGACGAACCUGAGGAGAUCGCAGUCCUUACAGAACCUCCGAGACAAACCGCAACCCAGCGCCGAGAAGAGCAGAGUACCACAAUAUCUGGAGCAGAGGAAGUUGCAGUGGAAGAAAGAGGAGGAGAAGAGGAGGAGAAACACUCCUGAUCCGUCCGUUCCUGCUGGACACACUCAGAUUUCUGAAAGAGAGAGACAGGAGACCCUGCAGUCCCUCGAAGACACUCACAGGUCUCUGGUCAGUGAGCUGCAGUCUCUCCCCGUCAAAGCCGACACAAUGAGCGUUCGCUCUCGACGCGCUCAGCUCGAUCAGCGGCUCUCAGAGGUCGAGGAGGCCAUCAAAAUCUUCUCACGGGAUAAAGUCUAUGUGAAAGUCAACUCUUGAGAAACCACACUCAUAUCAAGCGGUUUCUUUUAUAUUUAUGUAUUUAUUAGUUAUGUGUUAAGAGCAGCAGGUGCUCUUUCGUUUCCUGAGUUCACUGCAUUUGAACGCUUGACACUAUAAAGAGAUUUGUGACUAAA